AUGGGUCAGGAAACAUUGGCUGACGAUCUGGUACCGAACCUAGACCUCGAGACGGCCAACAGGCACAAUGCAAAGAGGCAGCGCGGGAUGGCUAUUGAAAAUAAUGCGGGCGAAUUUUACUGUCAGCGCCUGUCCCAGGACUGCUUUGUGCAAGCCGCUGUGCUGCUCUUCUUUAACUUGCUCUGCAACAUUCCCGUGGACUACGUCACCAAGAUCAUCUUUGCGCACAAGUCAAAGAAGGGCUACAGGCUCAACCGCAAAUGGGAGAAUAAGGCAGUUAAGAGCCUGCUAAAGGUGGCUGGCGUCAAGGUUAGGGAGAUGAAGUCUCUCAUCUUAUACGACAACAGCAUCCUUCGUCCAGACAUUACUGUCAUUGAAGCUGUUUCUGGUUCUUCCACUUCGUCUUUUAAUAAUUGGGAAUCGUGGUACAAGAACCGGGUUGCCGUUCGUGUUUUCGAUCCCGUAGGGUUGUCUCAAUCGUCGACGACCAAGAACAUCCAGUCGAUCAUAGCAUGGGUCGAUUCAGUGCUGAUGCAGCGGCUUGUUAGCUACUGCCUUCCGCUGAGCGACGACAAGAUCGCCUUCUACCUCAAGUUUGACCAGAACUACAUCUAG